UGAAACACCGUAACGCAAAAGAAGGUGCUAGUAGUUAUGUUCGUGCAACUUUGAAACAGUUGUGGAGGGUACUAAUACUACUACUAUGACUAUCAUCAUUAUUACAGCUCAAAAAGUAUCCACCAAAAUCUACACCUCACUUUCUUAAUUCUAUCUUCUAAUACACAUUCACUAUUCAUCAAAACGAGGCUUCACUAUUUUCCUUAAAAGCUCAUUUUCCAAUCUCUCAUCAAGCUUUGUUGUUGAUCUCAAUGUUUGUUUGUGGCAUAGAAAAUGCUACAAGCUUGAUCAAAGGGUGACUCGUCCAGUCUACUUUACCCUAGGUGCGAUCUAUCGUAUCAGAUACAAGGACAAAGCCACUGGAAGAGUGAUCAGCAGAACAAACUUGAAGGCUAGAGCAAUUUUUCAUAAAAGAUAUUCCAUUCUGUCAGUUGAAAAUUGUUGAUAUAUAUUGUAUGUCAUUCACUGAGGAGGUGAAUCUUGAAGAGCCAGUGCAGUUAUUUCACUUCUACGCUUGUUUCUGAUAGCAUAUAUGGCGGUUCUUACGCGUGUAACUUCAAAACUUGGAGCAAAGUAUCGUACUCUAGCUCCUUUUAGAUUUCUAAGGGGUUUGGUGUGUCUACUGGUGCUGGUUUCAUCAGCAUUUGUAACAUUGGUGUUCUUUGGUUUUAUUAGUUCUGUUAUAAUGCGAUUUUUUAGCAUCAGUUACAGCAGGAAAACAACGUCCUUUUUCUUUGGUACUUGGCUAACUUUGUGGCCCUUUCUAUUUGAGAAAAUCAACAAGACUAAAGUUGUGUUCUCUGGAGAUAUUGUUCCUUCAAGAGAACGGAUUGUACUGAUCGCAAAUCACCGAACUGAAGUCGACUGGAUGUACUUAUGGGACAUUGCGUUGCGGAAGGGAUGCAUUGGAUACAUUAAAUAUGUACUUAAGAGCAGCUUGAUGAGACUUCCAAUUUUUGGUUGGGCAUUUCACAUACUAGAGUUCAUCCCAGUGGAAAGGAAGUGGGAAGCUGAUGAGUCAAAUAUGCGUCGAAUGCUUUCUACAUUAAAUGAUCCCCAAGAUCCUCUUUGGCUUGCUAUUUUCCCUGAAGGCACCGAUUUUACUGAGCAGAAGUGCCUUCGAAGUCAAAAAUAUGCGGCUGAACACGGGUUACCGAUUCUGAAAAAUGUUUUACUGCCGAAAACCAAGGGCUUUUGUACAUGUUUGCAAGAGUUGCGAGGCUCUCUAAAUGCAGUUUACGACGUUACCAUUGGCUACAAAUACCGCUGCCCGUCUUUCUUGGACAAUGUAUUUGGAGUGGAUCCUUCCGAAGUUCAUAUCCAUAUCUGCCGCUUUCCCAUCGACUGUAUCCCAACAUCCGAAGAUGAAAUUUCCACGUGGUUGAUGGAUAGAUUCCGAUUUAAGGACAAGUUGCUUUACAAUUUUCAAUUUGAAGGCCAGUUUCCUGAUCAAGCAAAAGAGAGGGACCUCCCUGCUAUGAAGGGAAUUUUAAAUUGUGUGACAGUGAUUAUAUUGACCGGCUUAUGCAUGUACUUCACUUUUUCCUCUGUCUGGUUUAAACUUUAUGUGUCUGUAGUCAUCGCUUAUUUGGUUCCGGCUACAUAUUUCAACAUUCGGCCACAACCCAUUCUUCGAGUUUUUAAGAUGUGAUUAAAUUGCACAGCUCAAAUACUUGAAUAUAUGAUGAGUUUGAGAUUUAUGUCUGAUUUUAGUUGUAGUAUUAACAUUGUAAUAAUAUCUGUUCCGAAGAUUGUUUCCUUAGCCCUAAUGUUGGAGAAUGUUUUAUCAAAUGUUGUGAUUUUUGAAUCAUGCAAA